UGUCAUUACAGCAUAGAACACCAAAGAAAACAUCUUAAAGCCCCAUCCGGGAAAAGUGAACCUUUUUUCGGCAGCUGCAGAGGCCCUUCAGGAGGAAAGGUGCUCUUCAGAGUCUUUGCACAUCUUCUUGGAUCGAUCUCGUUUUAUGAAUCUUCUGGAAGCCAAAUUUUUUCAUCUGCUAUUAAUCGCAAGAGGCAACAAAACGAAGCUUCAGUUAACAGAAGUAGCAAAGCUGGAGGUUAUAUGGGUGGAAAGAGCUCCAAGGAUCAAGGGAAGCAAAAUACGAUGGUGCUGAAGAGAAGUCAGAAGCUACCCCUGUGGGAAGAAGCUCUUCUCUCUGGAAAAGACCCAAAGGCACUAUUAAAGCGUGGACUACAGUAUGUCAGCCUGAGUCUUAUAAUGAAGGGAAUGACAAGGACUCCUGACUUUCUCUGGGGAUUGCCACAGGUCCAAAAACUGAAUCUUUCGCACAACCAACUGGUGGCUCUUCCACCUGCACUAGGGAAACUUGAGAGACUAGUGGUGCUAAACCUAUGUGGGAAUCGCAUGAAAUCUCUGCCAAAAGAAAUUGGGCUGCUCAGGCACUUGAAGGUUUUAUUUGUGAAUAUGAAUUGCUUGACUGAAGUACCAACAGAACUUGGACACUGCAAGAAGUUGGAGGUUUUGAGUCUCUCCCACAACUAUAUCUCCCAUCUCCCUCCAAGCAUCACAGAAUUGAUAAACCUAAGAAAGCUGAAUCUUAGCAACAAUCGGUUUAUGUACAUUCCCCUAAGUGUCUUUUCACUAAGGAAUCUAGAUUUUUUACAUGUAGGUUGCAACAAACUCGAAAACAUUGGAGACAGCAUCCAAUUUCUAGUCAACCUACAGAUCUUCAUUGCCGACUACAACAACAUUCGCAGUUUGCCAAGGUCUAUCUGCUCAGUCACUGCACUUGAGCUCUUAAAUAUCGAUUACAACUCUAUUCAAACUCUCCCAGAUGAACUCUAUUUGCUGCAUCGUUUGACCAAAAUUGCUUGGAAUCCAAUGGAUAAGGGGCUCCAUAUUUCCCACAAUCCUUUGUCUAAACCAUUGCCACAGAUUAUAGACGGAGGACUCAACACACUCUUCAGCUAUCUCAAAGAUAAAAACCAGCUCCCUUAAAUGUGCACGGCAUUUGGAAUAGUCUUGGUGGUCUGUCUCCUCAGUUGUGCCAUUUAAUUUUUCUCAUCUGUAUUUUUUCCAUGCACAAAUCAGGAGCUGGAAAGCAGCUGUAAUAAAAUUUCCCUGAAAGCAAGUACAUUGACUUUAUG